CUUUUUCCCUCCUCCCCAAUAUUGAACUAUGCUUUCCACGUUCAUAUAAUAUAUUAAUUCUUAUAAAAGACUUAUCAACGUUUACCAUUCAAACAUUUUCCCAUCAAUUCUAUUCUUCUUCUAUUUCUCAAAUCCUCCCACAUUUCCCACUAUGGGUUCUUGCAUUAGUAAAUGCAACCCCCAAAAAGAUUUCCAUGAAGAAGAUAAUCACCUUGACAACCAUGAAUGUGUUAAAGAUAAGCUUGUGAUUUCACAAGCUCCCAUAUCUCCAAAAAUUUCUCUUCCUCCUCCUUCUUCUUCUUCUUGUUCUUCUUCAACUAUUCAAAAACGCGUCUCUUCUUCUCCUUCUUCAUCUUCUUCAGUAUCGCUUUCUUCGUUUUCCUCUAUUGUGACUAACACUACAUUAUCUUCAUCUUUGUCGUCGUCUUCUUCCUCCUCUUCAUCCUCUUGUUUCAAGGAUCGUUCUUUCUCGAACGACUUCUUAUUAUCUUGUGCCCAAGAACACGAUCGUAUACUUGACAUCAAGAAGAUAAAUAAAGGAAGUGCUUGUGUUAGUCAAAAUAUUUCAUCAACCAUGUCUUCAAGUAGCAAGACGAAAUGUCCGCGAUCAUCAUCAUCAUCAUCCUCUUUGUCGAAACCACCAAGUCCUCGAAGAGAGUGCAAUUCGACAACCCCUAAGAAAAGGCCACGUGCCAAUUCGCCAACAAUAGUUCGACAAAAGAGUUUUAGAAAAGAACCUGAUCAACUAGUCAAGGGAGGGAAUAUUGGUAAUACUUCAAAUGUUACUUCUACAUAUCAUCAUUUUCCUAGUGCUAGAACAACUCUUAAAUCACCAUCUCCAAGUCGAAGAUUUCCUUCGAAUUUGAACGGUGACAGCUCGUUUAGAAGAUCGGUUGUUUCCAAAGGGAAUAAUGGGAAUAUUUUAUCAAGAUCGUCAUCUUUGAGAAGAGAUAACCAUAUCAAUAAUAAUCAGCCAGCAAUUACUCCAAAACGUGAAGGAAAAAUGAGAAAUGCACUACAGGUUUCUCCAAAGAUUGAUGAAAUGGAAAUUGGAGAAGUAAAGUCAAGUCACGAUUUGGACUCCUUUCUCAUGGAGGAUAUUAACAAUCCUCUUAUUGCCUUGGAUUGUUUUAUUUUUCUCUAGAGCGAGAUCUCUUUGUACAAAAAAAAAAAAAUCUCUUUUUUGUUUAAGUUUUUUUUUUCUUUUCUUUUCUUUCUUUGGGUCUCAAGAGGAGUUGAACCCAUAAUUUAAUUAAGCCAAGAAUUUUAAUGGUGAAAGUAUGGGACUUUCUACCAUGUUAAGACUUGUCUUGUUGGAACGACAAGCAUGUUGAUAGCGUGUGAUUUAUAUUUCACGUUUACAAUUUUUUAAUAAUUGCUGUAUAUUCCUUUAAAACUAUCAUUUCGAUAGGAGAUAAAAGGAAAGAUUUGUGGUGUUUGUUUGCAUUCUUUGAUUGAAAUGGGUAUGCUUGUUCUGAAUGUG